UAAUGCGGCGAAUGCGAAUGUGAAAAAAGCCGCACUCUGCCAAACCAAGGCGUAGACUUUUUUUUGCUGUUGUUUAAAAGAGUCAGCCACACUCCACAUCGACGCGAAAGUGUGUGCGAGCGGGAACUGUGUUAGCGGGGGUAUUAAGUUGAAUUUUUCUCACGACCCGUUUAAUAAUAACCGCUAAAAUUGUGGAAAAACAGGAGAAAACUCCAAAGCGGAAGAAGAAAGCUGCAGCCAGUAAAAUGUCUGCAGUUUAUUCGCCGCAGCCGCCGCCGUCGCAGCAGCAGCCACCAGCGCAGCAUCCGCCGGGAUCUGUGCAGUUGCCGCCGCCGCAGGCACCGCCACAGCAACAGCAACAAUCACAGCAACAGCAGCAACAACAACAACAGCCGCCUGGCAGUGGACAAGGGCCGCCAGGUGGCGUAGGAGUUGGGCCCAUGGGACCGAUGGGUCCGAUGCAGCAACGCGUUGGCCCCGGUCCCGUUGGCAAUCCAGUUGGCGGCGUCGGUGUUGGCGUCAUGAUGGGCACACCACCCAAUCCGAAUGCACAACGUGGCGGUGUGCCUACCCAGCAAGUCAACUCAGCUCAAAUACAGAAGAUGCUCGACGAGAAUUGCGGCCUUAUCCAGGCCAUACAGGACUUUCAAAACAUGGGGAAGUCACAGGAGUGCAUGAGCUACCACGUGGCUCUGCACAGAAAUCUGGUGUACUUAGCCCAGCUGGCCGAGCCUCAAAUGAACUUUGCCCAAAUGCUGCCUCCACCGCAUCUGCUGCAAUCGCAGGCAAUGCAACAAGGAAAUCAACCGCCGGCGCCUCAUAGCAUGGCGGGUGUGGGUGUGCCACCACCUGGACAACAGCAGCAGGUACAAGGGCAGCAGGGUGCACCGGGACCCCCGCCGCCGGGCAGUGUGAUCCAGUCGCAGAUGAUGCAGCAUGCCGCAGAGGCUGGCGUUGGCCCCGUACAAAUGCCGCCCUAUCCAGGCCAACAGCCACAGCCAACGCAUCCGGGCAUGCCACCCAACGCCCAACAGCAAUCUCAGCAACAACAACAACAACAGCAACAACAACAGCAGCAACAACAGCAGCAGCAGCAACAAGCUGGGCAAGUUCAGCAGACACCACAAGUCAGCCAGGCUGGCGGACCCCAGCCCCAGGCGGCCUAUCGCAACGUCCAAGCCGGCGCUGGCCAGGCGCAGGUCGUCAUCAAUGCGGCGCCCAACCAACAACAACAGCAGCAGCAGCAGAGGCCUAACAAUGGUCCACUGCCGCCUGGCCAGAAUCAAGCACCGCCGCCACAACAGCAGCAACAGCCGCCCAACCAGCAGCAACAGCCGCAACAGGGGCCGGGCCUAGUGCCGCCACCGCAAGCGCAGUAUCGGGUCAGCUAUCAGCAGCAACAGCAGCAGCAGCAGCAUGGCCACUAUCCGGGCUACCCGCCGCAGUCGCAGCCGCAGUACCAGCCACAGAAUGCGUAUCCAUAUGGACCCCCUGGACAGGGCUAUGGGCCGCCGCCUCCACCGCCAAAUGCCCAGGCUGCGUAUCAUCAUGCGGGCAUGCCGCCAACAUCGACGGCGGGCGGUGCACAGGGCGUGGUACACGCCUAUCAACCGAAUCAGAAUGCUGGCGGUGUUGCGGCUGGUGGUCAGCAACAACAAGCACCGCCGCCGGGUGCAUAUCCACCGCCGCCACCAGGCCAGCAAGUGACGCCAGGGCAGCAACCACCACCGCCACCAGCCCAGAUGUAUGGACCGCCACCGACGGCUGGCGGACAGGCAGGACCUGCAGGUCCACCUGGCCCACCGCAAAGUGUGCUGCCCAGUCAGUAUGGGCCACCCCCACCGCAGAACGCUGGUGCUGUGACGCCCGGGCCACCUCCUAUGGGCUACGCGGGCUAUCCGCCCAAUCAGUAUGGGCAGGCGGGUACGCCCGGCGGACCGCCCGGUAACUAUGGACCGCCACCCACUAGCCAAGCGCAGUCUCCGUAUCAGGCAUACCAGCAGGCUACAGGCGCGCCUCCCGGCAGUUAUCCCGGUCAACCGGUGCCUGGUCCACCAAGCGCCCAGCAGGUCAGCGUUGCGGGCACAAAUGCUGGACCGCCACCGCCGCCUGCCAGCUACAGCACGGCGCCCAGCCAGACUCCUCCGCCGCCACAGCAGCAACAGUCGGCGUCCAAUCAGCAGCAACAGCAGCAGGCGGGCAAUCCCAAUGGCCCCAAUACACCGCAGUCCACGCCGCCGCCACCAAGCUCAGUAGCUGGAGUGCCGCCAAACCAGCAAGCACCUGGGGCGGGCGCAGGCCAGCAGCAGCCACAAUACGCUCCGCAGCAGCAACAGCAGCCGCUGCAGCAACAACAGGGGCAACCUGGUCAGCAGCUAAGCGCUGUGGUUUCUGGUGUUUCGCCAUUGCCUACACAGCAGCAGUCAACCUACUCAACGCCACCUACUAGUGUGGCUGGCUAUGGGGCACCGCAGCAGCAGCAACAACAACAGCAGCAGCAGCAACAACAACAACAACAGCAGCAGCAGCAACCACAGGGUGGUCCGCAACCACAACAGGGCGGUCCGCCGCCUGGAGGACCACCAAACUCGAGUGCACCACCUCAACCGAAUGGGGCAACGCCGCCAAUGGCACCAAAUCAAUAUCAGCCAGCGCCUGGCUCACAGCCGUAUGGGGCGCCACCGCCGCCGCCACAGGGCUAUGGACCGCCGCCACCCGGAAGCGCUUAUCCGGGCCAUGGGUACCAUCAGCCGCCGCAGGCAGGCAGCUACGCGCAGUAUCCGCCGUCACAGGGUUACCAGGGCUACAGGCCAGCUCCGGCUGGUGCCCAAAUGCCGCCCCCAGGCGCACCACAGGGUCCGCCACCAGCGGGUGCCUAUGGUUAUUAUGGAAGUCAGCCACCACAGUGAGUUAGCCACACUGAAUGGCAACGACCAUUUUUCGCUUGGCAUCAAAGAUGGAUAACAAAGGAUGACAAGACCAGAAAUACGCGCCACGCAAUGUUCCUUCUCGCUCUAUCGCUACUCUCUCCCUGUCUUUCACUCUUUUUCUCUGUC